AGAGGCAAGGAGCACAGGGAGAGAGGAGUCGGCUGUGUCAGGAGACACCCGGAGAGUCUAGGUGGACAACUGACUUCCACCUUUGCCGAAGACAUGAAGGCACAAUGCGCGUCUCACUGGCUCCUGGGAGUGACGUUCAUUCUCUGCUCAGUUCAUAUCUACAGUCUUAGGAGAUGUCUGAUUUCUGUGGACAUGCGCCUCAUAGAGAAGAGUUUCCACGAGAUCAAGAGAGCCCUGCAAACUAAGGACACCUUCAAAAAUGUCACCAUCCUGUCCUCCCUGGAGAACCUGAAGAGCAUUAAGCCUGUAGAUGUAUGCUGCAUGACCAACAACCUGCUGACAUUCUACAGAGACAGGGUGUUCAAGGACCAUCAGGAGACAAGCCGCGAGGUCGUGAGGAGAAUCAGCAGCAUUGCCAACUCUUUCCUCUACAUGCAGAAAACUCUGGAGCAAUGUCAGGUGCACAGACAAUGUCACUGCAGUCAGGAAGCCACCAAUGCGACCAGAAGCAUCCAUGACAACUAUAAUCAGCUGGAAGUCUCAUCUGCUGCCCUUAAGUCUCUAGGAGAGCUGAACAUAUUUUUAGCCUGGAUUGACAGGAAUCAUCAGGAAACUUCUGCAGCUUGACACUAAACGCCUCGUCUGAUUAUCUAGAGAUAACCGACUGAGAGGGUUGUUGUUGUUGGGUUUUUUUAAUUAUUGUUGCUGUUUUAUUUUGUCUUUGUUUGUUUGUUUUGUGGUCAACAGCUAACUUUGAAGAAGAGAGAGAUGUGGAAAGCCCCCAUAGUUAUCUAGAGUGAGGGUCUUUUCUGGGAACUUGCUGAUAUGGGAGGAAUACUCUCUUCUGGAACCUUAGGAAAAAAAACUGGGGUUAGAUCUCAGCUCCCGGCUGAAGGUUCUGCUCUCUGAUCCAGUCUACAAUAGCUCAGUUGGCUGCUGUGGUAUUUAUAGCAAUAUGUGGCUGUUAAGAGAUCCCAGAUAGCAUAGGAGCUACAGACAGCCCCUCUAACUUAUUGUAAAACUGCUUCUUCCAGGCCUGGGCCUGCACCUUUACAGUGCAUAUUGUACUGACUGACAUUUAUGAAUAAACUGUGGUUUACCUGUGCGAAUGAA